GGGCGGGCGGGACCCGCGGAUCAGUCGGCGCCGCCAUGUUGGGGCUCGCGGGUCGUUCCGCCGCCGCCGCCGCCGCCGCCGCGGCCCGGCCGCUGCUGCCCCGCGGGGCCGCCCCGGGCCGUGACCUCCUCCCGCUGCUCCUCGGCCGCGGGGCCGCCCCGGCCUCCGCCGCCCUCGGGGCGCGCCGGGACUAUGCGGCCCAGGCGGCCCCCGCCGCCAAGGCCGGCUCCACCACCGGCCGCAUCGUGGCCGUCAUCGGGGCCGUGGUGGACGUGCAGUUCGACGAGGGGCUGCCCCCCAUCCUGAACGCCCUGGAGGUGCAGGGCAGGGAGACCCGGCUGGUGCUGGAGGUGGCUCAACACCUGGGGGAGAACACCGUGCGCACCAUCGCCAUGGACGGCACCGAGGGGCUGGUCAGGGGGCAGAAGGUGCUGGACUCGGGUGCUCCCAUCCGCAUCCCCGUGGGCCCCGAGACCCUGGGCAGGAUCAUGAACGUCAUCGGGGAGCCCAUCGACGAGAGGGGCCCCAUCACAACCAAACAGUUUGCUGCUAUCCACGCCGAGGCCCCUGAGUUCGUGGAGAUGAGCGUCGAGCAGGAGAUCCUGGUGACGGGGAUCAAGGUGGUGGAUCUGCUGGCCCCCUACGCCAAGGGCGGCAAGAUCGGUUUGUUUGGAGGUGCUGGCGUCGGCAAGACCGUGCUGAUCAUGGAGCUGAUCAACAACGUGGCCAAGGCCCACGGUGGUUACUCGGUGUUCGCCGGCGUGGGCGAGAGGACCCGCGAGGGCAACGACCUGUACCACGAGAUGAUCGAGUCUGGGGUCAUCAACCUGAAAGAUGCCACUUCCAAGGUCGCCCUGGUCUACGGGCAGAUGAACGAGCCCCCGGGCGCCCGCGCCAGGGUGGCCCUGACGGGGCUGACGGUGGCCGAGUACUUCAGGGACCAGGAGGGUCAGGACGUGCUGCUCUUCAUCGACAACAUCUUCCGCUUCACCCAGGCCGGCUCCGAGGUGUCGGCCCUGCUGGGCAGAAUCCCCUCGGCCGUGGGCUACCAGCCCACGCUGGCCACUGACAUGGGCACCAUGCAGGAGCGGAUCACCACCACCCGCAAGGGCUCCAUCACCUCAGUGCAGGCCAUCUACGUGCCCGCCGAUGACCUGACUGACCCUGCCCCUGCCACCACCUUCGCCCACUUGGAUGCCACCACGGUGCUGUCCCGUGCCAUCGCUGAGCUGGGCAUCUACCCGGCCGUGGACCCCCUGGACUCCACCUCCCGCAUCAUGGACCCCAACAUCGUGGGCCCCGAGCACUACGACGUGGCCCGGGGCGUGCAGAAGAUCCUGCAGGACUACAAGUCGCUGCAGGACAUCAUUGCCAUCCUGGGCAUGGACGAGUUGUCCGAGGAGGACAAACUGACAGUGGCCCGUGCCCGCAAGAUCCAGCGGUUCCUGUCCCAGCCCUUCCAGGUGGCCGAGGUCUUCACCGGCCACAUGGGCAAGUUGGUGCCUCUGAAGGAGACCAUCAAGGGCUUCAAGCAGAUCCUGGCAGGUGAAUACGACCACCUGCCCGAGCAGGCCUUCUACAUGGUGGGGCCCAUCGAGGAGGCCGUGGCCAAGGCAGAGAAGCUGGCAGAGGAACACGCCUGAGCCCCCCUGAACCCCCCCUGCCCCCCGGCUCCGCUGGGGCCGGACCCCCAGUAUUUAACAUUUCCAAUAAAACAUUGGCGAAAACGUU